CUGGUUUGAUCGCUGCUUCUUUAUUCAUUGCCAGAAUUUGUUUUGGAAUAAUUUGGGGAUAUUUGGUUGACAAAAUUGAUCCUAAGAAGAUUGUAAUUAUUAUAGGAGUUUUUCAAAUUAUUUUUACAUUUUUGUUUGGUUUGAGUCGUUCAUUUUAUUGGGCUUUAGUAACAAGAUUCUUACAAGGUGUUUUUACAGGUACUGCCAUAGUUUCAAUAGUCAUUAUUAGUCAUAAGACAAAUGAUACAAAUACAGCACUUGCUUUUGCAAUAUUGUUUGGAGCGUACAGUUUAAGUAUUAUUGCAGGGCCAAGUUUUGCAGGGUUUUUAGUUUUCCCUGCUGAGCAGCACCCAAAAAAUUUCAACAAAGAUGGUUUUUUUGGGAAGUACGAAAUAUUUUUACCUAAUUUAAUAAUUUCGUUGUGCAUGGUUGUAUCUACUUCUAUGAUUGUUAAAUAUCUUCCAUCUUGCAACACGAAGCAAAAUGUGGAACCAGUUGAUGUUGUUUACAAAGAAAACUCAGUUUUAUUAAAUGAAAAUCAGUAUUCAAAUAUUUCAUAUGGAGAAAAUGUACAAAAAGAUUUAAUUUCACCUGAAGUAACAGAACCGAUUUCUGUUAAAGAUAAUUUUUAUUUAAGAAUCAAAAAAAGAUUAGUUACUUCAAGUUUUCUUCAACCUCUCAUGAACAAAAGUUGUUUGUGUGCUAUGCUUUUACAUUUACUGUUUUGCAUUGUUGGAGUUGGUCUGUAUGAUCUGCUAACAAUAUAUUUUGCAACCUCGCAUGUGUUUGGAGGGUUAGCAAUGAAUAGCUCACAGAUUGGCUUAUUGCUAAUGUUUGCUAGUGUUAUAGAAGUUAUUGGAAGUGUUAUGUUACUGCCUAAAUUUUUUCGAAGAUUUGGUGCUAAACAGUUAUUUAUAUGUUGGGUUGUUUUAUGUGGCUGUUUAUCUCUAUUUAUACCUACAUUUGUCAAGAUAUCAAACAACGGUCUUCGUUGGUCUUUAAUUGCGAUAUGCAUCGUAGGUAUUCAUUCCUUAAUAAGUGGUUGUUUUCUUACAGUUAAUAUGUUUGUUGUAAACUCUGCACCUCCCGAAUAUCAAGGAACUAUCAUUGGUUUGGGUGGGAGUAUAUCUUCUAUUGGAAGGUCUAUUGGUCCUGCUCUAUUUGGAAGCGUUUUCUCUUGGUCGUUGUCAAAUAUAAAGUCUAAACAUUUGCCUUUUCCAUUUAACCAAUAUUUUGCAUUUUAUCUCCUUACUGCUUUUUGCUUGUUUAACGCUGUUUUUGCGCAUUUUUUUAUUUCAAAGUCUUUAAACAAGAAAAUUAGUACACAAUAAGAAAAUCUUGUGGUUCACGUGAGUUAUUACUUAUAUGUACGCAAAAGCUUCUAAAUUCUGUUAUAAAUAUUUGGUUGAUGUUAUUGUAUUCUCAAGUUAAUCUAAAUUUUUAGUAAAUAGAAAAUAGUUUUGGUUUAAACUACUUUGUGCUUUCUUUUUAAUAAAAGCACCUUUUUUUAUGAAAAUAAAAAAGCACCUAUUUUAAGUAAAAACUUUUUUUAAUUAUCAAUAGUAGUUUUUUAACUUUUUUUAAUUUAUAAUGAAAGAAAAAUUAAUUUCUUUUGAUGAUGAACAUACUUUUUCACAAAGCGUUAAACUGAUAUAAUUUCAAAGUGUUAAGUUUACCAAAUACAUUAUUCAAGUAUUGGUAUCGGAAACGGAAGCGUUUGGGAGGAAAAUAAAAGUUAGAGUAAGCCACCUGAUUUAACUCUGACUAAGCGUUUACUAUAAAUCUUGUUAA